AUGACGGGCAGACACAAGAGAAGUCGUUUAGCUUCCAAUUGCUUGCUUGCUGGUGAGGAUGAUGAGAAGGAGAAGAUGAAGAACUUUUUGCGGCGGGGUGAAAAAAGGAAGAAAAAAGAAGAAAAACUCGGUUUGUUUGCCCAUUAUGAACUUUUUUUGUCGACGACAAAGACAAAGCAAACAUGGCAGAGCGCCGGCACAGCGCCAAUUAACCAGAUACCACGACAUUUGCGGUUCUCCAUCACCAUCAUGGCCUGGCAGAGGCCGGUUCUCGCAGCUCGGACGUUCCGGCUCCCACGGUGCUUGACGCAAUUCGAGGCCUUCCGAUACCAACCAUUUUCGACCACUCCUUCUUCUUCCCUUGACGAUUCCCCCAAUGCCGCUCCUCCGCUUGAUGCCAGUGAAUCACUCAGGCAGCCAACUCGCAUGCUACCCGUUUCCCGGUCAUACUUUACCGGGACACCCAAAUUUACAGACUACGAGUUGAAGCUUGAAUACCUGAGAGCCAAAUACAUGGAUUUGCCUAGCUAUGGCCCUAGGGAAGCGCCUCGAGUAGCAUGGCUGGUGAGGGGCCAAUUUUUGGCAAAGGUCAAUGAAGACAUAUCUGUUUCGAGGUAUGCGAGGUUAUUGAAAAGCUUAAAAGUGUUGAACAAGAUCAAGGCAGAAGUUAUGCCGGCAGAAGUUUCGAAAUUCAUUGAAGAAUUCUCAAGGCCGAGAAAUCUAUACCAGUGGGAACUCAAUUCACGGAAACCUGAUGAGGAUGGCCGGUCUCGUGGCAUAGGGAGGCGAAAGACUGCACAUGCAACUGCUUAUCUUGUUGAAGGAGAUGGCCAGAUUAUCAUCAAUGGGAAGACCAUCUCGGAAGUAUUCCCUAGAAUUCAUGAUAGAGAGAGUGCAAUGUGGGCGCUGAAAGCAACAAAUCGACUACAUAAAUACAAUGUAUUUGCUGUUGCUCGUGGAGGUGGUAUCACCGGCCAGGCGGAAGCAGUUACUCUUGCCGUUGCGAAGUCACUUCUUGUCCAUGAACCCGGUCUGAAAUCUGCCCUGAGAAGAGGUAAGUCCUCUCCAUUGAUGUUGAUGGUUUUAAAUUAUGUAUUCAUACUAACAUCUACCUCAACAGCUGGUGUCAUCAGAACCGAUCCCCGUCAAGUUGAGAGAAAGAAGCCGGGAAAGCUCAAGUCAAGGAAGAUGCCCGCCUGGGUCAAACGAUAA